AGAGAGGCUGAUGAAGGAGGUUUUGGAGCCCUUGAGGAAGGCCAUGGACGAAGGCUUUGAAGAUAAGUUUCCAAGAAAGCAGCACUCAUGUCCGAUUGAGAAGUAUUUGAAUGAUGUCAAAGCUGGUGGAGAGUCUAAGAUCAAUGUAAGUGCUAUUCUUACACAUGAUAUCAUAGGCUACGUGAGUGAUAAAAAUUUCGGGCCACUGGUUGAGCAUCAGUGGAAGGCAAUGGUUGAGAAAAUCUAUUCAAAGCAGGGAAAGUUCAAGAAUUGCUUGGCUGUAUGUGACGUCUCAGCAAGGAUGAGUGGAUAUCCCAUGGAUAUGUCAAUUUCUUUGGGACUGUUGGUGUCUGAAUUGGGUGAAGAGCCGUGGAAAGGAAAGGUGAUAACUUUCGGUCAAAAUCCUCAGCUACAUUCGAUACAAGGCGGUGAUAUAAAGUCCAAGUACACAUUUAUGAGGACGAUGGAUAACCAGCAUUGGGAUGGCGAGACUGAUUUUCAGAAGGUGUUUGAUUUAAUUCUUCAAGUGGCUGUGAAUGGGAAUUUGAAGCCAGACCAAAUGAUCAAGAGGCUCUUCGUGUUCACCAGCGACCAAGACUUUGAUGAUGCUUCUUUCAAUAGAUGGGAGACUGACUAUGAGGCGAUACAGAGAAAGUUCAAGGAGAAAGGAUAUGGCGAUGUGGUGCCACGCAUACUGUUUUGGAAUCUGAAUGACAACGACAUGCCUAUACCAGUGGCGCAUGCUACAGAACAAGGUGUGGCGAGGUUGAGUGGCUUCUCCUAUAAUUUGGUCAAGUGCUUCUUGGAGAAUGAUGGGGAAAUUGGCCCCCAUCAUCUCAUGGUAAUAGACAUCUCUGGCUCGCGGUAUCAACAUCUGGCUGUAGUAGACUGAUGCUAUCAUCAUCAUCAUCAUCAUCAGUUUUAAGAAAAGAUCAGCUUCAUUCUCUCCAAUAAUUCGUUGUUUCUUUUUUAUCUGUUUGCCUAGUUAAGCUUCUAAUCCUGAGCAUUGAACCAGUUGCAGUGUUUUCGGUUUUUCUUCUAAGCUGGUUUCUGUGUUGGGUUUCAUGUAAGUUAAUUUCGUUGGGUUGGUAAUGGCUAGUUAA